UUUCAGUCUCAGGUUCUUUCUAUUUACUCUCUCUCUCUCUCCUACCAUUAACUCCCUUUUUAUCCCUUUUAGUACCCUAAAGAACCUCAACCCACAAAAAGUUCUUUCACCUCUUAACUAAGACUAGAAAGACGGGUGAAGAGAGGAGAGAAGGUAGGUGAGAAGAAGGAUAGAAACCAAGAAAAAAUGGGGAGAGGGAGAGUUGAGUUGAAGAGAAUAGAAAACAAAAUUAACAGGCAAGUUACAUUUGCUAAGAGAAGAAAUGGGUUGCUCAAGAAAGCCUAUGAGCUCUCAGUUCUCUGUGAUGCUGAGGUUGCUCUUAUCGUUUUUUCUAACCGCGGCAAGCUCUUUGAGUUUUGCAGCAGCUCUAGCAUGAUGAAAACACUUGAAAAAUACCAGAAGUGCAGUUAUAGUACAGUGGACACCAGCCGAUCAGCGAGUGAGACACAGAGCAGUUAUCAGGAAUAUUUGAAGCUAAAAGCAAGAGUGGAGGUCCUACAGCGAUCUCAGAGAAACCUUCUUGGUGAAGACUUGGGUCCUUUGAACACAAAGGAGCUUGAGCAGCUCGAAAAUCAACUGGAGACAUCCUUGAAGCAGAUAAGAUCUACCAAGAGUCAAGCCAUGCUUGAUCAGCUCGGUGAUCUUCAAAACAGGGAACAAAUGCUCGUUGAAACCAAUAAAUCCUUGAGAAGGAAGUUGGAGGAGUUAAGUGCACAACCCCCUUUUCGACUGGCAUGGGAAACUGGAGGGCAAAACAUCCCAUACAAUCGCCUUCCAGCACAAUCAGAGGGAUUUUUCCAGCUUCUAGGGGGCAGUUCCUCGUUGCAAAUUGGAUAUAAUCCUGUUGUUUAGGAUGAAAUGAAUGUUGCAGCGCAAAACCAAAAUGUGUGUGGAUACUUUCCAGGAUGGAUGCUCUGAAUUAGAACUCUCACAUAAGAUUGAUAAUUUACUGGUAGAAAUAUCUACCUGGUUGCAGCUUUUUUUUUUUUCUUUUGGUUGCUUUCAUCAGUUUUUAUGCAACUUGUAAUUAUAUUUAUGUGAAAGACAAUAAACAUAUUUAUAUGAUUGUAAGUUGUAAUGACAUAAAUGACAAUAUAUAUGUAUAAAUAUA